CUAAAAACCACGAAAUAAUUCACCCGAAAUACAAUUGACGAAGACACAAAACGACAAACAGCGUUUUCUAAAUUCAGGUGAACUUACAUGUUUUCAGCAGCUGACACUUUCUCCCAAAUUUAAGCGAAAUAACUGUUGGAGGAAGCAUAUCAGCGACGUACCGACACUGGAACUUAAGACUAAGCUAUCAGCGGUUAGCCUGUGCGAAAAGCAUUCUCGUCUUUUUAAAGGAUGACUGAGACCUCGGAGAAAACUCAGAGCUACGAGGAGCUGUUCGCCUACAGAUUUUCAUCGGAUGAUCGUGAAUAUCAGCAGUAUGUGAGCCGUCCAGCCGACCUCCCACCCAUAGUGGAGGACUGGAGGGGUCGAUCAGGAGGGAACCAGAGAGGCAGGGACAACAGAUACCAGGACCGCCGUGGUCAUGGAUGGGGAGGAGGCAGAGGGUGGGGAGGAGGAGGCCAGCGUGGGCAGCAGCAGUGGCAUGACAGAGACAGACACUGGGGUCAUGGAAGUGGGCACCAAUCUGGACCUCCAGGCUCCAACCAGGGAUACAACUCCUACCAUCAGAGACCACAUUAUGACCGCUACUGAUCUCCUCUUUACUCUCUCAGGUGUUGUCGGUAUUUAUAGUAUUCACAGUCGCAUAGCAGUAGUGGCAAUGUGCAACAGUUUUUUUUUUUUUUUUUUGCCACGAUGUCAUAAGCAAGGACUGAGCAAUUUCUAAAUGUUACUAGUAUAUCGUCUGUCAUUAUGAUGCACAGUUUUACCCUCUGAAUUAAACAUAUCCAGCAAACAAACCUCACAGAGGAAAAUAGCUGUUCCCAUUUGGUGUCCACUUACCUUUAUUAUACCUAAACAAACUUUUUACCGUAUUUUUUUCAUAUUGCUCAGCAAUUUCUUUUUACAUUUUCUGGAAUCAAUUAUGAUUAUAACAUUUUGACAGAAACACCACAGUGCUGUUGUUUUGUAUGUUUAGAUAUUGUUUCCACUGCAUUUUUAUAUGCUUUGAUAUCAGGUUGUUUUGAAUUAUACAGUAUAGUGUUGUAAAAAUACAACUCAUCUGAAUUUCCAGACAAAAUCUACUCAUAAUGCAGCUUUAUUUUUCUGCAUAAAAUGUUAUGUAAGAACAUGUACUUAGGCAUUAAACUGCUGUCAAUAAAUGUAUUUUCUUAAUCAGAA